UUCUAACCUAGUAACGAGUUUACUCUGUCGGUAACGCGAGGACGCGUGCCAAACGAUAAACGUGUGUGUCGCGUGCCUGCUGCGCUAACAGAAGAAAUGAGUAAAGUGGAACACAACGCGAGAUACAAUUAUCGCGAGAUGACUUGGAGUGGCGUGACGACUGCGAAAGUUCAGAGAUGUACAGAACGUGAUAACGUGUAAAUCACGCGGAUAAUUUGGCGCAUCGCGAGGGUUUAAUCAAGACGCGCACGAGAAUGGCAUCCAGAAAUCCAAGACAAAAUCAUUCGAUACAACAUCUGCUCGAGUUGCCGUCAAACCGACAAUCGAAGUUACCGCGGUUUUCCGAAAAAGAACACAUCCAACAGCCACCACCCAUGCCGCCUACUCCUCGUCAAGUCCCGGUGACCGUGUUGCACCCCUCUCCAAAAAAGUUAUAUCUGAGCAAAACACGGCAGGCUGCCUUCUCGGCCGAUUUGCAGCAGUCUCUCUCACGAACAGUCAGUCCAACCGCACGCCAGCAAGAGUCGUCCCUUACGAGGCGGGACUAUCCCCGCCAAAUCAUGAACAAGGUGGAUGAUCGCGUCAGGUCUCCGGGAACAUCACGAUGCCUGACUGCCACUACCAUGUCGCUCUCCAUUUCGCCUUCUAGCCCCGAAGAACCUGUUACGCUGGUGGAACUGACUAGCGUGCCGGGCGGACAGAAUGCAAUGGCUCAUCUCAAAAAACGGAAGCUGGAAGCAGAAUCGGUCACGCAGAAUCCUAAACACACACAGCAGCCGUCGCAACAGUCGCAGCAGCAAUUGCUGAUCAACAAGAAGGGACGACUACAGACGACGCCGCAAGAGAUGGAGCCGACUGACGCCGCCACGAAGCGCAGGAGGAAAAGUGUUCGCGAUGAUGACGCGCGAAAAACGAUUGAUGUCAUUGAUUCGAACAAAAACAUACCGCUGCCCCAAAAGAAGCGCGCGUUUACAUCAGGCAAUUCCGGCAGUCCUGCUAGAAAAUCAAGCAAGCACAGCGAGGAACCCGAAGAUGACGAAACUCUCAUAAGAGAGACAGAAGCUGCCUUAAAAAGUCUCUCGGGUAGCUGGCCAGGACCCAGAGGAUCUUUGUAUCAACGAAGCACAUCGGACGAAGAUAGAUACGAGUCGAAUUUUGAAAAUCUCUUCGAAGAAAAAAAAGAAAAUCCUAAAUUAUCGCCCUCGUCUAUAUCAACGUCCUCGAGUGCGAGUAACGACACUGGCUGUUCGCUCAAAGACGUGAUAACGCUUCGCGCACAGCACGAUCGAUCCGGUAAGAUGCAACAGCAGAUUAAACAGCAAGAUCUGAAACAACACUCGAUUAAAUCCAAGAAAGAUCUCGAUAAUCUGCUGAAGAUAGACAACGAAAGCUCGAACAUUCAUUCUCAAGUUAACAAUAUUAAUCAGAACGAGCCACCGAAAAUCAGACCCAUUUCCGUUCGUUCAUUGUCGACGAAGGAAAGGAACGACAGGAACAUUGUGGGUGUACAUAUCGAUUCUCAGGGAAGACAAUCGGACAAAUAUUCCAGAUACGAUCCGCCAGAUUUCAAUGAACUGGUCGACGAUUCGUCCAACGAGCUGGAAAUCGACAUGUCCGAUCCGACCGCGGACAAGGACGAAAAUGAUCGAGACAGAUUGAACGACAGAGAUCGGGAUCGAACGUACAAAAACGGUCAGUCGCCUCAGAACAUCGGUAGACAACAACACCAGCAGCAACAUCACUCACUCUAUUCGAACUAUCAGAAACAAUAUAACGAUACCAAUAUAAAGGUUUCACCUACGGGAACUUCAUCGUCCUCGUCACCGCCAACGGGCUCUCCGUUUUCGUCAACAUCCGCUUUCAGGCCACCUAACACGGAUCAUUCAAAAAAUGCGUGUCGCAACACUCCGUCAGUUCCGGUAGUCUCUUCGGCGAUUCCACCGAUCGGUCCGUAUCCAGCCUCCGCCACCUUCGUGGGAUAUCCGACGCCCGGACCGACGAUGCCGACGCCGCAGCCUGUAGCCGGUAUUUCGCCCACGUCGGAGGACAAGCACUCGUCCACAUCCCUCUUACAGUUAAAAUCAUCGAAGGAGGAGAGUCAUCAUGUGACAACUCGCGACAACGUAGCUUCUAAUUCCGUAUCGCCCAGCAAAAGUCCGAGCGGUCUGCCUUCUGUCACCAGUCCCGAUUCCUCGAAGCAGUACACGAUUCUCCAACCCGCGGGCGUGGGCUCCAGAGCGGCCAGCGCGAUACAGGACAUCGCGAGGGAAGGAGUGGUCAGUGUCUCCGCCGUGAGCAGUUGCACCACUGUGAACAACGGUAGUGCGAGCAACGUUACCGCGAACGCAAACGGUAUCGGCAGUAAAACGACCAACGGCAGUAACAGUGCUAACGACAACAGCAACACCACAAAUCCCGCCAGCAAUCCUAACAGCAUCGCCAGCAUAACCAUCACGACGGUGUCGACGACCACCACUACGUCCAGUCCGACAGCUGCUGCCGAUGUGCCGUCAGCAAAUAUUCAGCAAGACAGUAUCAUGAAAAUGCCAGAGAGAUCCGGCACCUUCGACAGCGGCAGCAACGGCAGCGGCAACAGCAGACCGGGAAUAUCUAUGUCUCCGUCCAGUCUCAGCAGAGAGGGCAACAAGUGCCCGACCCCAGGCUGCACGGGACAGGGUCACGUGACCGGACUCUACUCUCACCACCGCAGCCUUUCUGGAUGUCCACAAAAGGAUAAGUUAACCCCAGAGAUUCUGGCGAUGCAUGAGACUAUAUUAAAAUGCCCGACGCCUGGUUGCAACGGCCGCGGUCAUGUCAGCUCUAAUCGGAACACGCACAGAAGCCUGUCUGGAUGUCCCAUCGCCGCGGCCAAUAAACAGGCCGCACGCGAGGCACGACAAAAGGUUCAAGUGCCGGGAAUACCGCCGGAAUACAUCAGCACGAAUCUGUUGCCUCCUUCAAUGGAUACGAAAAACUAUUCGCAGUACGGCUCCACGACGCAGGACACGAAGCCAGUACUGAGCAGUCUAACCUACGAUUACUACUCGUCCACGAAGAACACGGGUAUUAACGCGAAACCUCCGAAAACGCCGGAAGACAACAGCACGUCGCGCCCCGCGAAAGUACCCAAAACGGAAAAUAUGACCCUUAGCAGCAGUUGUUGCAACACAUUAUCCAUGAGGAAUCAGAAUACGAGCGAGUUGCUGGUCCCUAAGACGGAGGACGCGUCGUCCUGUAGAGUCAACUCACCCCCGCCACCGCCACCCCCCGCGGUACGACAAACGUACGAUUCCUACAUGAAUCAGGAUUCGAGCUCCUCGUCCAUGUCGUCCAUGGACGCGAUGAACUCGAGGCCAUCCAUAGGAGCGACGAUUCAUCAUCCCAGCCAGCAUCCGACGCAUCACGUAUUACCGAUGCAACCGGUCGCGUAUCCGAUGCCGAUGGUGGAGGACACCAGAAUGAGCCAUCAGAUGUCCCAGAGGUCUCCUUAUGAGCCCACCGCUAUGAUGGCCGCAGCGGCGGUUGCGGCGGCUGCCGCGACCACCACCGAGGAGCUUUAUCACCACAGAUCGGCCGAACACGCGAGAGCGUACAUGCAUCCCGGAACGAGUAAUAUCGCGCGACCAGUCGUGACGUAUUCGAAUGACAUAACUGGCAGAGGCUAUGAGAACGCGGUAGUUAGCGCGGCCAAUCAUCGACCUUACGAUCCCGGUACCGGCACGACUUACGAGAGAUACGACACGCAAUCGUGCGCGCCUAUUCCGUCUCAACAGCAGCAGCAGCAACAGCAGCAGCAGCAGCAGCAACAACAGCAGCAGCAACAACAACAGCAGCAGCAGCAGCAGCAGCAACUUCACUCGCGCGCGAAUAUGUAUUAUCUAGGACAAACCGGCAUGACACCGGAAGAUCAGGAACGAGUUUAUCAUCAAGAAGCAGCGGCGGCCGCGCAGCAACAUCAGAUGGCGAUGGCCGCUGCCACGGCGGCAGGAAUGAUUAAAACUGAAGAUGUAAAGUGUGUUACGGUCGCGCAGAUGCAGCAGUUGCAGAAGCCCGGCGGACCGCCCACCUCGCCUGGAGGAUCAGUAAUGGAUCUGUCUACCUCUAGUGUCACCUCGACCAGUCCUCAGGCGCCUCCUUACGGUUCGAACAGUCUAAGUCCGCAAUACGGAGGAGGACAAACAGUGGGUAACAGUCCUCAAGCUGCAGCGAGUCCUCACUUGACGGCUAGUCCUCAAGUGCCUAGCCCUCAGGGUCAGACUCUCGAUUUGAGUGUCAACAGACUUCAUAGUGGCGCACCCAGUCCGCAAUAUUCUACUGGCCACGGGGAAGCUGUCGCGGUUCCAGUCGGUCCAGGUUUUCCAGCGCCACGACCGAUCGAAGAGCAAACCGAGCCCGUUGAUUUCUCAACGGCGAACGAGCCGGUCAAUUUCAGUGGGGGUCCGGGAAUCAGGCCUGUACCCGGGUUUCCGCCACCUGGAGUGCAUGUCACAGCGUACAGUCGCGAAAGCACGCCGGACAGCGGGGGUUCCCACUACAUGGACGCCUACCGAGAUCCCACUGGUUACGGACCCAUGAGUCCUCACCCAGGAUACGGAAUGACCGGCGUUCAACCUGAAUAUCCCGGAAACACGUACACACCGUAUCCCACCGCAGGUUACAACUGCGGUGGAACUUAUCCGGGUGGCCCAGUGACUUCCGGUUAUCAGAUUCCAGCGGGUUACACGCCGGCACCGUGUUACAGCAUGCCACCUCCGCAGCACACGGUUGGACCUCUCGAUAAACCGUCCGGCAAGGAUGACAGCCUGUCUGGAUGUCCACGAGCUGACCGCUCGCAAAUCCAGGCGCAUUCCCAGGAGCUUAAAUGUCCCACGCCAGGCUGCGACGGGUCUGGACAUGUCACGGGAAAUUACUCGUCGCACAGAAGUUUGUCCGGCUGUCCACGAGCGAACAAGCCAAAGAGUAAACCCCGAGAUGGUCAAGAUUCUGAGCCCUUGAGAUGUCCAAUUCCGGGUUGCGACGGGUCCGGCCAUGCCACCGGCAAAUUCUUGUCGCACCGCAGUGCAUCUGGGUGUCCAAUAGCGAAUAGAAAUAAGUUGCGAGUGUUGGAGUCGGGCGGUACAGUCGAGCAGCACAAGGCAGCCGUAGCCGCUGCGACGGCUAUGAAGUUCGAGGGUGUCAAUUGCCCCACGCCCGGGUGCGACGGGCUCGGCCACAUUAACGGUUCCUUUCACAGUCAUAGAUCCCUGUCGGGCUGUCCGAUAGCCAGCCACACCGUGAAGAAAUCAAAACCGGAGGAUAACAUGAGCAUGUACAGCAGAGGAAUCACCGGAUUGGAAGCCGGUGGUCCGGCUCACGGGGGUGCGGUGAGCACGGGUCAGGGUAACUCGAGCGGUAGCGGAACCGCCGGUGCCCAGAGCGAGGAUCUCUAUACACUGGAGGCCGAGAUUACCGAACUCCAGAGAGAGAACGCCCGGGUUGAGUCGCAGGUUUUGCGCCUGCGCUCGGAUAUUACCGCCAUGGAGAAUCAGCUCAAGCAGGGAGACAAGGAAACGUCAUCGAUAGCUCAACGCAACAAUAAUCUGACCGAAUACUACCAGUCACUACGUGACAACAUGAUUACUCUGCUGGAGCAAGUGCGAAUACCGAACGCCCCGGGCGGACCGCAAGAGAAAAUAGGUCACGAGAACUUCGACAGUUAUCUGACGAAGUUGCAGACUCUGUGCACCGCCGACGGCUACUGCGCCGACGAGAGCAACCGGCCGAUCUACGAGACGGUGAAGACCGCGCUGCAGGACUUCACAGUUCUGCCGACACCCAUCUGAGACCAUCUUUAAAAAUCGACCACACUUAGCUCGGAAUCGCUCGGAGCCCGCGCGACCAAGCGAUUCGACGCGUACGUGACGCGGAUCGCGGUCGUAUAUCUACUCACGUUUCAACGACGACGAAACGUGAUAAUGACGUUCAGCCUUCGCGGGAGAACUGCGUUGAUCAUAAUACGAUGACUGAGCUUCGCGGAUCGGCCUACGAUUACGUUGACGCGUGAUUCACCGAAUAACGCCGGGCGGGAAUCACACGGCCGUGCACGACCGUUCCCAGCUGACACAAAUUUUGAAUUUGCGUCACGUGACGUCAACCGGGUUUUCCGCUACUAUUCCACGUUGGGACAACGACGUCAGUGAAAGUUGUCACGGCCGGUUGGUUGUACGGCAACCGACCGGCGCGUAGGUUGCUAUAAGUGAGCAUUAUAACGGCAUCUAAAACUGGAUGAACGGCUCCGUGAGCAUCCAUCCAGGCUAAGCUUAACGGACUUAUUACAGGGCCGGGCGUUGCUCAUAAGCGAUAUCUUUUGUACAUAAUAAAUCUGCAUCAAGUAUCACGAUCGACGGACGGUCCGCCGCUAACACGGGACAACCGUGUGUGUAAAUAUACGUACAAUGAAGAAAAAGAAGAAAUUCAUUUAUAAUCUGAUUUGACAGAUUGGUGGUGUCAGACUGUUCUGUCGUGUAAAAAAAAAAACAAAAAAAAUAAUUGAUUUCACUUUAUAUCGGAUUCUCGCCGUAAAUUUACUGCUGUAAUAACUGUUAUUAUCGUUAUUUAAAGCGAUCAGCGCGCGAAUCUACGAGAACCGAUAUGUGUGUCUACCAAAUGACGCUUCUGCUGAACCAAAACAAGCUACUUACAAAUCAAUUAUCGGCUAAACUAGUCGUCAAGCUAGUCACAUUAUUAUUAUUAUUAUGAUUAUUAUUAUUAUUACUAUACUACUAUACUAUAACUACUAAUCCUAUCAUUACUACACUGUAACUGUUACACAACCAGCCAGAUCGUUUUUAGCGACUAAUUCAAAUCGUCAUUAUCGGUACCACUACUCUUACUACUGUCGAUAUAAAAUAUAAACAAAAAAAAAAGUCACGAGUAUACCGAAACAUAUUUAUAUAAUAGUAAACUGAGUCUAUACGAGAGAGAGAAAGAGAGAGAGAGAAAGAAGAAAUGUGCGAGAGAGACAUGUUGUCCAUAUGAUGUACAUAGUGUGUCACACAGAGAUAUACAAUUAUUAUUAUUAAAAAAAAAGAAAAGAAUCGCUGAGAUGAUAAUGCUGCGAGUUUGGUGGAAUGACGAGACGCUCGUGAAAUUCGCGCGUGGCCUCUUCAUCACAGUUAUCGCUAAACGCGCGACGUAUUGUCAUAUUUAUUAUGGCUGAGGCAAACAAAAUUUAGAGUUUUAAUCGAGUCUCCAUCAUUUCGUCAAAGACACACACACACACACACACAUACAUACAGAGAAGACUUUGAGCUUUGUAAUCCUCCAGGAAGUGAUUCAGUCGGAGGAUAUUUGUUCUUAUGUGUAAUAAUAAUAAUUUUCAGAAUGCCGUCACCGCAUUCCUUUUUUGAUAUAUCUUUGCUGUGUACUUUAUCGCACGUUGUAAAACGCGUGUAUAUCACUUCGGUUGUUAUUGUUUCGUCAAUCUGUUUAUGUUCUGUUAUAUCUAUUGCGUUUGUUUUUUUGGGAUCGCGGAGGAACGCGGAAGGGGAAGAAGCUACGUGACUUGUAAAUAUUGAAAGUUUUAGACUUCGAGUCGUCGAUUCGUGGUUUUAAAAAAACUGCGUCGUUUAGAAUGUAGUUAUCGUUCGGGCAUGUCAAGAAUGUUUUUGUUCUCGUUAAUUAUUGCUGCUCUUACAUACAAAUCGAUCGACACACAAGUGCAAAAAAAAAAAUAUUGUUAGCACUUCGAUGCUAACAAAUUAAACAUAAUACGAAAACAAGACG